AUGACAAAAAUAAAUCAUCGAACAUCAUUAUCACCAUCAUUUAUUCGUAAAAGAAAUUUACCAACACCUCCUCCUUCUAUUUCCGAUAUUAAUGAUUCUUCAUCAUGUUCAUCGACUUCAUCUUCUUCCUAUUCAACAAUAAAUCCGAGUGAUAUUAAUAAUCAUACAGUAGCAUCAUGUGAUUUAUUAAAUAUUUUAACAGAUGUACGUUUUCAUCCUGUAUUUCAAGCUAUUGAUGAAAUAAAACGACGUAAAUGUCGUCCAGAUCUUGAACGUAUACUUAAAUAUGUAUCAAAACGAUCGACAACAAAAAAUUUAACUGAACAACGUAAUGAAACACUAUUGAUACUUGAUGAAUUACUUAAAUAUGGACUUAUAACAAAAGUAUUUCAUAAAGGUGGUUUUACAAUACGAAUUAAAAAUGAAAGAUAUGCAAAAUUAAUUGAAAAUUUAAAUUUAUGUUGUAAUUCAAAAUCAUCAACUACAACACCAAUAUCCAUAGAUUCUCAUGAUUCUCUAACAAGUGAACUUAUUGAUCCAUCAUGGUCAAUAACAAAUUCAAAUGAUACAAUUCAUCAUAAACGUGAAACACCAUCACCAGAAUUUGCUGUAUUUAAAACUGAAUCUAUACCAGAAAAAUGUCAAAUGACAAAAGAAAAUAAUAUUCUAUCGAAUAAAAAACGAAAUCGAAGUCAAACAUAUUCAACAACAAAUAAAAAUAAUAAAAAAACACGUUUAAUAAAUACAUCAGAUUCUAUUGAACAUAUCGUACGAAAACCAUUAGUUACAAAUAAUCAUUUACCACCAGUAACAAUUGAACAAUUACUUGGUUUACGUGGUGAUAUACCUGAUGUUCAUAAUUGGACAAUAGAUGAUUUAAUUGAAUUUUUUCAUAAACAAGGAUAUGAAUAUGCAUCAAUUCUAUUAAAUCAAUAUCAUAUUAAUGGAAAUAAAUUAUAUGAAUUAACACGUGAACAAGUUUUUCAUAUGUCAACACUUAAAAUUGGUAAAGCACUUAAAUUAUGGAAUGUAAUUGAACAAAUACAACGAAAUAAUCAUUCGCCAUCUUCGAAAUAA